AUGGCAGGUUCAGUCAUCGUGACUCCUACCACUCCCUUACCUUCCUCCGCCCAUCCUCUAGCCACCAAAAGCAAUGGUCAGCACUACACUCAAUCAAUAGCAGCACCUGUCGGAUCAGAUCCCCUGUCUCCCACAGCGGAUGAUGACGGUGAACCCGCAAUGCUAGCGAAUGGCGCAUCAUCAAACAGAAUCACCCCUUCGUAUCUGCAGGAGUCUGGCGAUAAAGCGACCAAUCAUCAAAAGCAAAAUCGAAAGAGCGGCUGGAUAGAACUCGAUACUGCUGCACGACAUCAGGACAGACCCAAGAUGUCUAGCAGCUCAAAGCAGGACAGGGCAAGACAGGAAGCUGAAGAAUGGGGCACUACGGGCAAUCGGAAACAUCAGAGCGCCAUCGGAUAUCCGUAUAGCCCCAAUGGCGAAGAGCCUGAUGGCGAAGCCAAGGCCAUUGAAGAGGUGAGUACUCGUGCAGAUACUGCAAUCUGGGAAUACGGGCAGGCUUUGGGCGAGCAGAGUGGCUGCGAUGGCAGCUAGGCCGCAUUUCCGGAGCUGUUGCACGCGUCUUCUCUCGAAGCCUGUUUGAAAGGAGCAGCUUGAUAGCGUUGAUCAGCAUAAGAAGGGUGCACACAUGAAGGGGCAACGCAACUCCGUCACCGGGCUUGGGCUCCAUGGCCCCACAGGGUGUCAUCUUUCUCUCGGCUUCCUUGAUUUGUCGUCAAGAGUCUUCUGCCAGCACGCACUGAUGCAUCGCAUGAACCCGACAGAAUCUCGAGCGCUGGGCCGCUGCAGAAAAGCAACGCCGCCGCGCUUUGCGUGCUUCAAGAUCGACAUCCCUGGUCGGCCCAGCGUCCAACUCGUCAACUACAUCUCUGGCAAGGAGGAUAUCGACGCUUGGGCGCAAAGCGUCCACCACGACCGGAGGUGUCGCUGUCAACGGUCUCAAUGGCAGUUCGACUUCCGAGUCGCCAAUCUCUGGCGGUGCUGCGCUAUUGCGACGCGGGUCUAAGAGCGAGAGCAUGAGCAGUGCGGAAGAGGGCAGGGAGUCAGGUGACUCUUCCCAGCGUAGCCUCCGAGCUGUCAAUUCCAACACCAGCGCAGGUUCUGCAAAGCGUCAGCUGGGUGAUUCGAUCGUAGAGGAGAGUGAGGCAGAUUCUUUGCAAGGAUCUUCCACACCAUCAUCGAGCGCGACAACGGAAGCCAAGGGCAAAUGGAAAGCGAGCGAGAGCGACGGGGGCUGGUCAGUGCCACCCUCGGCUGCCGAGCAACGAAGACUGGCGUCAGACAAUUACGAUUCGGCAGCGGCAGCCGCUGCUGCAACUGCAAACGCUUCCCCCACAACUCCAAGUGGCAAUCCGUUCGGGGAUGAGAGCGAGGCGGCCGCCGCGCGAGAUUCCCCCAACAAGGCACGGUCUCCUUCGCGGAGGAGAGACAGCGCGACGGAUCAAUCGCUAGGUCGCUCAUACUCGCAAUCCGGCAAAGCUACACCCCGCAGACCCAUCGUCACUCCAGGCAGAGCGCCGAGCGUCCGAUAUCACGCGGAAAAGUCUGGCAAGUACGCACCAGCUAUCGUAGCAACCGAUAUGGACGUAGCAGGCAAUCCAUUCGUUGGGAAGGAGGAGGUAGAGGAUAUAUCUCGGAGCAGGUAUGCGAUGAGGGGCAGUGGAGCAUACAGCAGCACCAUCAACCGACCCGCGAGACAAGCGAGCGCUUCCGGACUGAUGGAAGAUCUGGUAGAAGAACCUAGCACGCCAACGAGUGCCGCGCCCAGUGUUGCCCAAGAUCCCGAGAGGCGCAUGAGUCAGCUGGCUCCUCCUCCUCGCACGAGCACUUCUACGAGUCGUUUCAACGAGGUCGGACUGGAUGAGGAUGAUGCUUGGAGCCCCACCAUGGAGGAGCCGUCUGCUGAUGCAGGACACAAAGCUCAGCCUCGAGCUGAUCCGAUCGAGAAUGAAGGACGUAGGAAACCUUGGUGGACGGAGCUGCUUUGUGGUUGCGGUCUCGCUCCCGGUGCUGACGAUGAGCAGGUGAGUGUCAAGGCCCUCGCUCCCAAAGUCGCGCUACGUUUCUGCUGACGCCUGGCCAUGCUGAACCUUUGCAGACUGGCAAGACUGGACCGGAAUAG